AUGCAGCAGACAUUGUCAUAUUCAUCAUCGCCUUCACCAACACUCAUAUCGACGAUAGCCCAUCCCAUAAGGUCGCCAUCCAACCGACCACGUUCGACGGACACCGCCACAUCAAAGCCAGCAAUAAUAUCGGUCGACUAUAGCUACGAUCCCAAUAGCAUCAUGUCCCCAUCUGCCCACAGCAAUGACAAUUAUAGUCGUGACCAUCGCAGUUCCGAGGGGAUUCCCUCCGAAGUGUUGUACUUGGAGAAGGCAAGCACAAGUAAUCAACCGUACAGUAGUCUAUUUGGCGAUCCCGUACCCCCACCGCAGCCAGAGGAUUAUUUUGGCACUGCAGCCUUUGAGACACUACGUGCUGGAUCUGUGGAUAUGCCCAGCUCGGAGGAGGACACACUUAUCGCAGCGGUUGCUCUCAAUACGCUGAUGGGCAACGAUGGUCGUCACAGGCUCUUCUCCAACGUGCCCUACACUAACAUCAGCACCUGCAGAGGUCAGACUCAGACCCCAACCUCGUCGUCGACUCUACUGCCCAUACCGAGACUGCAACCGCCCGAUAUACAAAUCCUGCCCAAUUCGAGCGGAGGCUCAAGCUCAGAGCAGUUGGAUUCGCCCAAUUUUAUGCUGCUUACACCUCAGGACAUAGUGAAUAAGCCCGAUGUCUAUGAGCUUGAUUUCGAGCAGGCGGAACAAGCCUUGGGCUCUACAUUUGUAUCCAGCACGAGCGAACUUGAACCCCAAAGUCGGAUUAGGUGAGUGACUGAAUCUAGAAUAAGAGUGUAGUGUAAACAAUCAUCAACUAUUUCAGCAAUAUCUGGAUCGUAUUCGAGCACUGGCUUGGAUUGGUAUCGUCCCGCAACUCAGCAUUUCGCCGAAUUUAGUCGCAUUCCCAAGCUGCGACCAAGCUCAAAAAUGGUCAUGUCCAUGAAGCAUGAAGAGAUGCCACUUUCACCGCUUGCCACCAUGUUGCAAGACUCGAAUGGUUCGAGUAGCGGAGGCGAGGAACAAUUACCGACUGCCGAGCAACUGCAAACUCCCUUGAGGUCACCGGUGCCAAGCAGAAACGACACGAUACCGACUCCAACCAUGGACAUGAAUAUCAUACUCUCGCCAAAGCAAUAUCUGCAGCAACAAAAAAGGGAGAUAAUGCGUCGGGAGAGCUAUAACACAUCUUAUGGUCCAGAUACACCCAGAACACCGAGUGUUAGUCACAGUCUAGUCCCUGAGUCCGGCAAUGAGACAAUGACCACGACGCCACCAGAGGAUGGAGUUAGAUUGCAGGCCAUUGGAGGUGAAAUGUCACCGGUUGUGAUCAAGGAUUCCGUCUCCACGGGCGGAGAUUAUCGUGUCGGAGAAACUCGGCUGCACAAGAAGUCAUCCUUCACCAUACUCUCAGUACGGUCUCCGAAGUCAUCGCUAACUCACAGUCCCGUUGCUACUCCCACAGCCCAGAGACGGCGAAUUGCCGCUGCAAGACACGCUUCCAUACAGUCAACCACUACCUCGUCUAACGCAGUCCCGCCCCCGGUUAGGCCGCGUCGCAAGUCAAUGACUGGAUCCCGACUACCGCAACUGCCCCAAGUUCCAGCAACAGCCCCGCUUCCCAGUCACCUGGCCACCGAUGACUCGCCACGUCCCUCGGUGCAAUUCAACAUGAGUGGUCGUUAUAGUCCUAGCAAAAUGGCAAAGCCAACAAAGGGCAUACUCCAGCAGAGGGAUUCGCUGACCUCCUCGGUGGAUACGUACACGCCUCGGGUGCUGCGUCGUGGAUCCAUUAAUAUGAAUGCAUUCCCUGGACUGCCAGAGCCUUUUGGUCAGAGGAUUAAGAGUAUGGAAACGUUGCCGUUAAUAAAGGAUCCCUACCGUAGCGCCAUACCCCGAUUCCAUCGAUCGGACAUGGAAUUAGACAGGGAAACCGCAAUUAUACCACCGGGCUCACUGCCGCGUCCUUUAAGGCCAAACCCGAAUCCUACGCGUAAACAGCGUGGACUGCUUAAAGUCGUUAACAGGCAAGAGGACUUUUCCCGUCACCCGCCCCGUUCAAAUUGGUUGAGCCUGGAUGACUUGGUGCUCGGUACGCGUCUAACGAAGUCCAGUCUUGAGCCAAUGCGUAUUCAGACCCGUCGACGUUCAAGCUCCACGUCUCCAGAGCGUCGAAGUUCCACGCAAACAGCCUCCGAUAGACGCAGUUCCAAUCUGAGCAGCAUAACCACCUCCGACUUCAGUUUCCGCCGACCUUCACUCUCAACACUGCCAUCGAUCACCCAACGUCGUCAAUCGAUUUAUCUUCCAGGGGUAAGGACUUCAACUACGCCCAGACGUCAGCCCCUUGCUAGCAAGAAUCUUAAGCAGCACAGCAAGCGUGCGAAGAUUGCCAAACCGAGCACUUUAUCACCGAUAAUUGGUACUCCAAACAAGGAUACACCGCAGAGUCCUCUGCAUGGAGCCGCUUACGAAGCCGCCCACAUGGACUCACCAUCAGAGCUCUCCGUUCGUCGAGAUUCCACAUCCCGCAUACCAAUUCGAAGCCGUCAAGGUUCCCAGCUCAGCUCUCGAUCCACUUCGCCACUUAAGGACUUAAACACCUUGUCCCUUCUAUCGGGACGAAACUCGCAGGCGAGCAACAGUCGUUCUCCAUCGCAGGCAACCAUUCGCAGUAGCUUUGAUACCCAAGGCAUUGGGGCUAUGGACUUCAGAUUAACGCCUACACGGUUCAAUGCUAGCCGUCCAGUUUCCCGAGGUCCUCCCUCUCGACCAAACUCCCGCAUGGCGCAAGCUAGUGAAUUGGCAGUCAACUCUCGAGGAAACUCCAGAGCGAAUUCCCGUGUAAACUCCCAGGCGAAUUCUCAGGCAAAUUCCCGAGCUAACUCUCGAUUGAGCGUACGUUCCUCCUUGCGAUCGACAAGCAUUUCACCAGCUGCCAUGUCUCGCAAUAGUCGCCGAGCUGAUACCACCCCCAACCGUAAGAAAUCCAUUUCGAUAAGUCCUAAAGGAAUGCUCGGACGUAAGAUGUCAUUGAGUCCUGUGGCCAGACAAGGGAAGCAAUCACCGAAGCGUGAUUAUAAAGAUGCGACAUUAGCUAGUCAACGUCGCAACUCUCGCUCCCGCAUACCAACAAGUAUCACUCAUAGUAUUAGGAGUAAAUCCAGUUCUCCGUCCAAGAAACCAGAUAACCGGAAAACAUCUGGCAAGUCAAGAUCGCCGCAAUCUCCGAAGGGUAAAAAGGGGACAACAGUUUCGGCCAAGUCAACCACAAAAGAAAAGUCAAAUAAAGCUGAAAGUGCCAAAAAGAAGAUCUCGUUAGUGAGCAAACUAUAUACGGAUGUAAAGCGAGCAGGGACUAAGACGACUUCAACAGUCACUGCGAAAAAGCAACCAACAACUCAACCCAAAACCUCUCAACUUCAAAAACCGAAACAGGAAAAAAAACCAGGACAAAACAAUGGCAAACCGGUCAAAUCGGUAACCAAAACUAACGGAGCAAAUGGAUCUAGCGGAUUACCGACACGCAUAGGAUCCCAGCAGAAUACAAAGAAGGCAAACACUGAGAGCCCUGAAGCUAUGGCAAAGCACAAGGGAUCUCCGGAAAAGGUUGCGAACGCCAAGGAAGCCAAGGAUGCCAAGGGUGCCAAGGAUGCCAAGGACUCCUCGGCCGACAGUACAAAGCCCCUAGCUGUGCAUGUGGGCAACGCGGUGUUGCAAGCCGCAGAGGCACUUCCCGCUGUCCGCAACGAGGUCAACGCAUCCGCAACAGGCGGCAUGAAGCGUCAGGGCUCUAAUAUGUCAAAUUUGGUUCGAAUGAGCUCCCGACUCAGUUUGAUAAGCAAUAAGAAACGUGGCGACUCUGCCCAGACUCGCAAGGUGGCAUCCGUUCCUGAGGGGACCCAAGAAACUGAGGUGCCAAAAGGUCAAGCUGCGCAACCUGGCUUAACUGGGCAACAAUUGACCUCCAGUAAUGAUGCAACAAGUUCGGGAAAUUUACAGAAGUCCUUGGAGAGCGAGACACACAAAACGAUUAACGAAAACUUAACCGACCUCAAAACCCAUGACAACGAAACGGGAUUCGCCACCGCAAGUGGCAACUCACCCACCGCCAGUAGCAUGACAGCGGUGGCCAAGGCUCACGACUCCACAUCGCGCCUGGACACAGCCGAUGGCAGCAAUGCCCAACGCAACUCUGCGGAGAUACAAAAAUCCCCAUUGCCACCAACGCUACCCAUUGAGGCAUCGAUAUCCGUGCUGAAUGCAACUGACACGAACACGGCUGGUGAACAGGUUAAUGGACAUGCUGUGUCUGUGGAGCCAGAGAUUGACAAUGAAAGAGCCAAUGCCAAAGAGGAUCAGGCUGUUGACUUUGAGCAUGCAACACCCACAGCAGGCAGUCGAGAUGAUUUCCAAGUGGAUGACAAGCGACUCUCACCCGAUGGACAGGGUGGCUCCACAGCAGGAAGUGGCGGCAUUGCAAAAAGCAGCAGCCAGGAGUUCCUCAAGGAUGAUGUGGGCAAAGGUGGCAUCUGCCGUUGUUGCACCACCUUAUGCGUGCGCUUUCGUCGCUCUAACUGCAUGCGUUGUUGUGGUCGACGUCAGGAUCGUCUACAUGGCUCCGUUGAGGAGCAGCCUGUUCUAUCAAGCACCAGAAGCAGUGCCACUAGCACCACCCAAAUGGAGGUAAUUGAUGAGACCAAGUCCAAGGCCAAGAAAAAGUCACGUUGUUGGCCAAUGUCAACUUGCUGCAAGAGCUGCCGGAAGAAACCCGUAACUGGAGAAUCCAAAGAUACAGAGACCAAAGUGGAACCAAUGCAUCAAUCCGCAACAAUGCAACGACCAAAACAACAGAGCAAAUGCGGACUUUGCCUCAGAAAGAUUUUCUGUUGCCGUUCCGUAAAUAAAGUCGAUCCCAAAACUGGCGAUGAAACAGAGCUAAGCAAAUGUUGCUUCUGUAUACCCUGUAGACGCAAACGAAGCGCUGUAAGCAGCACAGAACCCAAGGUAGCAUGGCGGGAUCGGGAUCCAGAACUUGGUAUUGAUGCAUCAGAUGCGGCAAUCCUAGAAGGAUCCUCGGUUGCACCGUCCACAGCGGCACCAACAGAAGACAAGGCCAAAGUGAGUUGCUGUCGACGAUUCUGGCUCAUGUUUCUCUGCUGUCGCAAAAAACCACGUCGUGGCUCAGAUGCAAGGCGACAGAGUAUUAAAGCACCACCAGCCAGCGAGGAAUCACGUCGCAAGUUGCAUGUUGAUCUUGUGGAAUACACUUCAAAAAUGAAGGGGGCCAUUCCUGUGCUACCACUCUACUUGGCGUGGUUUUGCGCCUUUUGCAAUGUCAUCUUUCCAGGCUUAGGCACUCUACUGUCUGGACUAUUCUGCUUGUGUGUUGGCAUUCCGAGGUUCUCGCAAUACGACAGCGCUCGGGCUCGGAUUGGAUCUUUCAUCAUUAAUAUCAUUGUAGCUGUGGCACAAUUUUUUUGUGUUCUCUUCUGCUUUGUGGGUUGGGGCUGGUCAAUCUGGUGGGGUACCAUAAUGCUUAAAUGUGCAAAGAAACUAAGUAAAAUUAAAAAGGUGGAACGUCUUGAAUUAGAAGAGGAACAGCGUCAAGCUGAAUUGGCGGCCGCUGCAGGAGCGCAUCGUGGUGAAGCCGAGACGGCCAAAACCUAAUGGAUUAGAAUGACAGCAAUGUAUCUAUAUUGGUACAACGA